UCGCUGAAGGAGCUGCGCAUGCGCUCCAGCGAAGCGGCACUUCGUGGGGAGGUCUUCGGCGCGCCUUUCCGCUUCCGGGUCGGAGGGGGUCGCCAUGGCGGUGCUGGCUUCCAACCCCAACAACCCCGUGGUCUUCUUCGAUGUCACCAUCGGCGGGCAGGAGGUGGGCCGCAUGAAGGUGGAGCUCUUCGCCGACGUGGUGCCCAAGACGGCCGAGAACUUCAGGCAAUUUUGCACAGGUGAAUUCAGGAAAGACGGUGUUCCCAUCGGUUACAAAGGCAGCACUUUUCACAGGGUCAUAAAGGACUUCAUGAUCCAAGGGGGUGAUUUUGUAAACGGAGAUGGCACCGGAGUGGCCAGCAUCUAUCGGGGACCCUUUGCAGAUGAGAACUUUAAACUGAAACACUCGGCACCUGGCUUGCUCUCCAUGGCCAAUAGCGGUCCCAGCACCAACGGCUGCCAGUUCUUCAUCACCUGCUCCAAGUGCGACUGGCUGGAUGGGAAACACGUGGUUUUCGGUAAAAUAAUUGACGGGCUUCUAGUCAUGAGGAAAAUUGAGAACGUGCCCACCGGGCCCAAUAACAAACCGAAACUUCCUGUGAUGAUCGCCCAGUGUGGAGAGAUGUAGAUUGAUUUUUUUCUUCUUCUGGGGAUGCCAAGCAGUUCCUGACCGCUUAUCCUUCCCCCCAUAUUCCAUGUGUCUGUUUCCCCUUCCCUCCCUUUGUAAAUAAAAAGAUUUUCGUACAA